AAAAACAGAACCAGAGAGAAAGAACUAACCAAUAAUGGAGCUGUGUUCGAUUCGAUUGGGAGUAGAGACUUUGCAUCAUCUUCUUCAACCAAACUCAAACUCAAAGCCAAACCCAAAACCCAUCUUCAUUACAACUUGCCACGUCCACCAAACUCGCCACCUCAGCAUUUCAGCCACCAGCGCCGGCGCCGGCACAGCAUUGGAGAAAGCCGAAGACGGAGGAAAGAGAGUGGUGGAGCUAGUCGGAGCUUUCAACCAACUGACACACAUAAUGAGUAUAGUUGGAGUAAUGGUAAUAAGUAUGAUUGGGGUGGCUAUGGAAGAGGAGGAGGUGGCGGUGGAGGUGGAGGUGGCGGAGGCAGUGACACUAGUAAAGCAAGUUUUGGUGCAAAUUUUAACAAAGGCUUUACAAUCGGUUCUGGUUCUAGACGACUUAAGGAGGUCUAUCAAAGCAAUGGUGAAUAUCCAUCAUGGUUUUCUACUACAGAUAAAAAACUAGUGAGUACCAACAAUGACAUUGAAAAUGCAAUUCCAAAUAAAAUUGUGGCUAAAGAUGGGAGUGGAGAUUUCAAAACUAUUGCAGAAGCUCUUUCUUCUUAUCCCAAGAACCACAAAGGCAAAUACAUUAUAUAUGUUAAAGCAGGAAUAUACAACGAGUACCUAACUGUUACAAAAGAACAAGUGAAUGUCUUUAUGUAUGGAGAUGGACCUAGAAAGACAAUCAUCACAGGAAGAAAGAAUUUCAAUGAAGGAGUUUCAACCAUUAGAACUGCAACAUUCUCUGUAAUUGGAAGUGGAUUUGUGGCGAAAUCGAUCGGAUUUCAAAACACAGCAGGAACAGAAGGACACCAAGCAGUGGCACUUCGAGUUCAAUCAGACAUGUCUGCAUUUUACAAUUGUAGAAUGGAUGGUUACCAAAACACAUUAUAUGUUCAAACACAUCGUCAAUUCUAUCACAACUGUGUCAUAUCAGGAACAGUCGAUUUCAUCUUUGGAGACGCAGCAGCCGUCGUCCAAAACUCGUUGAUCAUCGUUCGAAAGCCCGAGAAAAACCAGAACAAUGCAGUGACUGCCCAAGGCAGAGUUAACAAACAUGAAACAACAGGCAUAGUUUUACAAAACUGUAGGAUUGUACCUGAACAGAAAUUCUUCUCAGAAAGAUUGUUAACACCAACAUACUUAGGCAAACCAUUGAAAAAGUACUCUAGAACUGUGAUCAUGGAGUCUAUAAUUGAUGAUUUGAUUCAACCAGCUGGUUGGCUUGAAUGGGAUAAUGGUGAUUUUGGUCUUAACACAGUUUACUUUGCUGAGUAUGCAAAUAAAGGACCUGGUGCUGUAACUGAUCAGAGAGUGAAAUGGAAUGGUUUUAAGGUCAUUACUGAUAAGAAUGAAGCUCUUCAAUUCACACCAGGUCAAUUUAUUCAAGGAAAUUUAUGGUUAGAAGAAACUGGGUCACCAUUUUUUCUUGGAUUGAAGAAUUAAUUCAUCUUAUAUUUUCAAAUAAAAACUUGAAUAGACAUAUUCACAGGAUGAGAGGAUGGUAGUGAUUAAUUAAUCCUAUCCCCACCUUGUUGAUUAUAUAAAAUAAUAAUUUAAAAAAGAAAAACAUUCUCAAUUAAUGUUUAGUUACAUGUUUUUUUGUUUGAUACAAUUGUGUAUUUGUAGGCUUAUUGCCUGUUUUAAUCAAUAAUAGUAUGCAUUUACAGUA